AUGGUGUCCUGGAGCGAUGGGUCCGAUAGCAGCGAGCACACCGUGGAGUACGUGAGCUCAGCUUCUGACGACGGCACCAUUAAGAUCCCUGCUACCACUGAAGACUCCGAUUUCGAGGGACCUGAAAUGGAGUUGCUUGUUCUCUGCCAUGGACAUGGGAAGGCCGCAGAAAGGCAUGUUGCUUUCGAAGGAAUCCACACUGGCAGGAAGUUUCUUUGCUGUGCUGAGAAGGAAAGUGGAUCAGAAGCAAUUGUUUACUCUGGCAGCAUCUUUUCCCCUUGGUCUGGCAACAUUGUUAAGUUAGGACAACAUUGUUUAAGUAGCAUGAGGACAGGUUUAAGUAGUCCUCUCUUCAGCUUGCAAGCUCAAGCUCUGAAUUUGAUGAUAGAAGGUAAAAACUAUGGACUAGAUGAAUGGAUUGAUCCAGCUUGGCCCAACACCCUUGAGAAUGCAUUAGCCAAGUUAUGGUUUAUGUAUGAACAAAGCAAGAGAGACAGGAAUGAGGAAAAUUUGAUGCAUUCAUUUGCUGUUCAUGACUUGACACAAGAGAAGAAGAAGCUGCAGCAGAGCUAUGAGAAGUUGGUUGAAGAUGUCAAUGGACUUUUGAAUGCUCAGGAAAUGAGGGCAGAGGUAGAAAUGAAAGAUCUUGAAAGCAGCAAGCUUCAGGAGAAGUAUGACAUGGUUAAGAACCUAGCAGCUGCUCAAGCAAAUGUCAUUAGGAAUAUGAAGCUCAAGCUAGCUGAAGAGAGGAAGAACUUGCAGAUCCACAUUAAUGAGCUCAAGAAGACAGUUGAAGAGAGCAAUGUGAAGCUGGAGGGGAUCAAGGCCAUCAUAAAUGGAUAA